UCUUUAAACGGCCACUAGAUGUCCGUGUUUCAUCUUCUAUUUUCCCACUUUAACCAUGUUCUCUGUAAUUGAAACAUUUGGACUUUAAUUAAUAUUACACUAUGUCAUCAUCUGUGAGAAGAAAAUAAUACAAUUAAUGCAGCUGCUCAUACAAUUCAAUUAUUCAGAUUAUUGCCGUCCCAGGUCUUUUUCUGGCUUAACCUAUUAAAUAAAAUUCCGUUUAAAUGUCUGACAAAGACUUUUGUGCAGUAUUAAAGAACAACUGCCAAAUUAGGUGUGGUACUCUGAGUGAACAUGAUCUACCUUCUAGGUAUUACAAAAUGUUAAAAAAUGCAGAAAUACAAAAUAAUAUUAUAUCUGUACUUCAGGUCAGAGGUGAGGUCGUCAUUACCAUUGUCACCACAAGGGGGCAGCAUUUCACCAGGGGAAAGAAAGCAAGCGCCCCUCGUCUACGUUUUCUUCUGUUUGCGGCAGUUAAAGAAAUAAAACCAAAUAUCUUAGUCGCCAUAAAUUGAAAUCAGAAUCCAGGUUCAGUAUGAAAUAAUAGUUUCCUCGGCGCCACAGUGAACAGGUAAUAAGAGCUGGUCUCAGCCUGGUGAAAGCACGCUUUAAUUGCAUUCCCUCACACACACACAGACACAAACACACACUUGUGGUGAGCUGUCAAAGAUACUUACGAUGAUGUAGGACAGACAAGUGUUGGCAGUUUACACGCACACACACACACACGCACACACACACACACACACACACACAGGGAGACCAGGAGAGGAGGAGCGACAAGAAGGCAGACAGGCGAAGUAGUAAUGAUAGCUGACUAUUCUUCCAUCCAGAAUAAAUGAAGGAAGGCUGACCAGCAGCCUGCGAUUUGGACAGACACACUAACAAACAUAUUAUGAAUUUUGAAUCCGAUGGAAACUCAAAAAAGAUUUUGAUUAUACGUCUCAAUUUUGAAGUCAGGGAAUUUUGAUUUUGUAAAAGCCACAAAUGUUAAUCGGAAUUAGGAGAAUAUAUUGCUAAUUUGUGAAAUGAGGAUUCAGCAUUGAAAUAUGUAUGAAUGAAACUGAACAUCUUUGCAGGCCACUAUUUUUUAUUUGUUAUUUAACAAAAAAAAUACUAUAGUAACUAAACUCCUCUGUUCAUGCUUUGAUCUGCAUGUGAACAAACACGUUUAAGUUUAUUCCAUGAAGUGGAGUUAGAGAAGAGCUUUAAGAUCUUGGUACUGAGGAAGAGAACAAAGUAGAUCUGUAAGAAAUUACAUCACAACGUUUUUGAAGCGAUAUCCCCAAAAGAUUUGCAGGAAAACAGAAGGUUCAUCUUGUUUGUCCCUUUUCAUCCUACGAUCUGAUCCUUUCCCCCCCAUUAGAGGGCAGAUAAUCAUCUUCUCUCCCACAUCCAUUCUGAUCGUUUGUAACUUUUGAAAUGACAAGGAUGAAAUCUGUUUCCAUAAAUCCUCCUGCUCUCUGCCAUCUCAACAUCUGGAAAAUGAAUCAUCUUUUCUAAUUCAGUGAUCACAUUAUUCAUUCAGUACACGACUUUCUAGAAUAAAGAUGGAUAUUUCCUCUUUUAUUUGUUUUUAUUAAUUUGGUUCUAUUCUGCUGCAGAGUUUAAAUGUACUGUUGAUUAGUACUUAAAGAUAAAUGCAACAUUUUGUUAUCCUCUUGUGUCUCUCUUUGGGUUUCCCUCCCAAACGCUCUCCCUCCCUCCCAUCCUCCCACCCUCCCUCUCUCCCUCCCUCUCUCCACACGUGUCACUCUUGCUCUUUGCUCAGCAGGCAGCAGCAGUGUGUCCUCGUCCCUCCUCGUCUUUACGUCUCCACGCUCGUUCUGCCCGAGCGCCGUUCUCGACACAAAGGGGGGAAGCGUUGGUGAAGUUCUCCUCCUCUCAGGCUGGAUUCUCUCCUGUUCACCAAUGGAUGGAGUUUAUUCCCCAGCAGACACGGUGACUUCUUGAAAACGUCCCGCUCCGCGCUCGGGGGGAUGGAGCAGCGCGGGGGGGCGGAGAGCCCCGGCCUCCGGGACAGCGCCAGCCCAGAGGAGAGAGGGGAGAGCCCCGCCUCCAGCGGACCCCCGCCCUGGAAGUCCAGCCGGCGGGAGGUCAACGGCAGCCCGGCGGCUCCGCGGAUCCGACACAACGGCGCGGCGCUGCGACCGCUGGGAGGUCUGAUGAUCCCCGUCUACUGCGUGGUGGAGCGCGCCGACGCCGGCCGGGCCGGCGACUGCGAGGGGACCGGCGACCUCCACGCUGAGUUUGUGCUGGUCCACAAGGACGUCCUCUUCACGCAGCUGGUGGAGACGGCGCUGGUCGCUCUGGGAUACUCCAACAGCUCCGCGGCACAGGCAAGUGGCAUCAUCAAAGUGGGCCAGUGGAAGCCGAUGCCCAUCCACUACCUAACGGACGCCCCGGAGGCAACAGUGGCCGACAUGCUGCUGGACGUCUACCACAUGGUUACGCUGCGGAUCCUACUGCACAGCUUUGCGCGGCUGGCGGAGCUGCCGUCGGAGCAGUGGAGCCACGCCACCGUGAGGAGCGCCCUGAGAGAGCUGCUCAGAGAGACCAACCAGAGCGCGCUGGCCAAGGAGUGUCCCCUCUCCCAGAGCAUGAUCUCAGCGAUAGUCAACAGUUCCUACUACAUCAACGUCUCCACCUCUAAGUGCCAGGAGUUUGGACGCUGGUACAAGAGGUACAAACGCAUCAAAGGUGAAUACAUCGAGAAGAUGUGGUUAGCUCAGGACAAAUCCGAUAUUAAAGAGGAGAGGGAUUACGACGUGAGCCUCCUCAGCCAGCGACCUCCCUCCUUCUUACCCUCGCCCCCCCACUUGGGCUCCCUGGGCAGCCCCGGAGCUCAGUCCGUCAAGAGCGGCCUCGGGGACCCCCAACCUCAGUGUCUGCCUCACCCCACCAGCCAGCUCCCGCCCCAGCGUGCCCAGGGCCCUCCCCUCCUAGGCCAGGGCGGGCUCCUGUCCCCCCAGCUCUCCCCCCAGCUCGUCCGCCAGCAGCUCGCCAUGGCCCACCUCAUCAACCAGCAGCUGGCCGUCGGCCGCCUGCUCGCACACCAGCACCCACAGGGAGUCCCCCAGCAGUUCCUCCACCACCCGCCCAUCUCGCGCACCUGCAAGAGCGCGGGGCCCGCCGGCGCCGCGCCGGGCCUGAACUGCCCGGGGGGCGAUGUCUCCUUCAGCAUUUACCAGCAUGUCAGGAACGAGCUGAAGAGGGCCAGCAUUUCUCAGGCGGUGUUUGCCCGCGUGGCUUUUAACCGCACACAGGGGCUUCUGUCAGAGAUCCUCCGUAAGGAGGAGGACCCUCGCUCGGCCUCACAGUCGCUGCUGGUCAACCUGAAGGCCAUGCAGAGCUUCCUCACCCUGCCGGAGGGCGAGCGAGACCGCAUCUACCAGGAGGAGAGAGAGAGGAGCGCGAACUCCAACCACAACCUCUCCACCAACCACGUCUCCAACAGCAACACUCUCAGACACCCGCAGUCCCUGCAGACAAAGUGCAGCGCGUCGGCCGCGGAGCCGGCGUUGAAGUUGGACCCGUUGGUUGACAUCUCGUCGGGCAUCUACGACGACAUCCAACAGGAGAUGAAGAGGGCGAAGGUCUCGCAGGCUCUGUUCGCCAAGGUGGCUGCCAAUAAAAGUCAGGGCUGGCUGUGUGAGCUGCUCAGGUGGAAAGAGAGCCCGAGCCCGGAGAACCGCACCCUGUGGGAGAACCUGUGCAUCAUCCGUAGGUUCCUGGCGCUGCCGCAGGCCGAUAGGGAUCAGGUCUACGAAGAGGAGUCGCGGCAGCAGCACAGCGACCGGCUCCACGCCGUACUGCACGUGCCGGACCAGCAGGCUGCGCACAGACCGCCCCUGCGGCCGCCGGCCACACCGUCCCCGAUGCGCGAGGACCCGCAGCCCAUCCAGCUGCUGCUCCUCCACGGCUCGGAAGACGGGCCUCAGCGCGGGGCCAGCCCCGGCGCCGGCCCCAAGAAGGCCCGCUCGCGGACGCGCAUCUCCCUGGAGGCGCUGGGGACCCUGCAGAGCUUCAUCGGCGACGUGGGCCUCUACCCGGACCAGGAGGCCAUCCACACCCUGUCGGCCCAGCUGGACCUGCCCAAGCACACCAUCGUCAAGUUCUUCCAGAACCAGCGCUACAACGUCAAGCACCACAACCCGGCAAGAGAGCCCGACCCCGGGGAGGACGGCGGCGGGGGGGCGGCUCGAGGUGGGCGGGGUCGCUCCGGGUCCGAGGAGUCGAGCGAGGACGGGAGGGGGUCGGUGGAGGCGUUCGGGACAGAGGGAGGAGAGCGAGACGUGGAGGCGGAGAUGGAGAAGGAAGAGGGGGGCGGUGGGAAAGCGCCGUCCUCCCCGUCCCCCUGCAGCAGCCCGGACAGCCCCCACUCCGCGGAGCAGCAGAGAUAACACGAGCUGAGGGAAGCAUCAGUUGAUGGAUGGAAACCAUGAAACUGUGAAGCCACACACACACUUUCAUUCACCGGAGCCGACCAUCACAGCUCGCUAAUAUCUGAGGAACUGUGGUACCAGUACAUCUAAUUUGAUGAACAAGUUCUUGACAUGUUCUUUAGAGUCUCCAGAGCACCUGUGUGGGUUUUAAAGACGACAGUCGUGGUACAACUACCUCUGCAGCACAAUCCACUUCCUUCACAGCUCCGUCAGAGUAUUACAAAGGACACACAAACAUGGAGGCUGUGUAUUUAUCAGUAUUCAGACCGAUGGAUGCUGAUUACAGUGGAUUAUGCUGCAGGAGGUUUGAGAAGUUCCAAAUCUUCAGGGGGUUUAUGUUUAUUUAUGUAUGAUUUGUUUAUUAUAUUUUCACUGUUUAAUGUUAAGCUUCCUCUAAAGGUAGGGGGGGGGACAGGGGGGGGAUUCACUGUAGGCAUUAUUCUGGCACCAGAGUCCACAUGCGAUUAAAUCUGACCGCAAAUACUGUAAGCGGGGCGUGAUGUGUUUGUCAGUAAAAUCCUCCCAAACCUCACAGUUAUAUCCUGGUAAAAUAUUUAAAGCCAUUGCAGAUGAAUAAAUAAAGAACCUACUGACAUCGUACCUCAUGAGACGGCAUUCCUCUGUUGGAAAAAGAGACAGUAAAGCCAGACGCUCCACCCAUAAAUACUCUCCAGGACGUCUCAUCAGUAAAGCACCACGCUCCCAUCGAUAUUUAUUACCUACUUACCUUUACUCAAAUAGAGAGUAUUACGGUUGUGCUUAGUUUUUUUUAUUACUUUCUUUGUAAAUGUGAAAACAAAUGAGGGAGAAUAAACUCUUCUUUUUUUACAGACUGGAAGAGUAAAUGAAUGCGUUUCCAUGUUCAUUGUGAUGUAGAUGUUGACGGCCCAGCUGCUGAACUCAAUCCGUCCUCGUAUGAUUGGUGUCAUUUGUAACACGGAGCAACAUGAGGGGGGCAACAUGAGGGGGGGUCGUGUUCGCAUAUCAGAUGGACAAUCAUCUCUGUAUCACCGUUGUUCUUUGAUUCUGUUGUGGGAAGCAAGUGAAGAUCUUAUAAAAAAAACCUGUUUAAAGUA